UACGCGCUCAUCCGGAACUGAAUGUAUAUAUUUUUCUGCAGUCGCUGUUUCCUGAUCAAAUCUCAUCCAUCUUCAAUUAAUUUUCGCAUUUUAAUAAACGCAUAAUAAUCUGAUUAUGGGUGGGUACGGGGUGAUGGCAGAUGGCGAGUCUUUGGAUUAUUCAGUACACGAAGCCUGGAAUGAGGCCACUAAUGUUUACCUGCUGGUUAUUUUGGUCAGCUUCGCCCUGCUUAUGUACGCCAGAAAAAAUAAGAGGAAGAUUAUGCGUAUAUUCACUCUGCCGCCAACAGCCGGCAGCUCCGCAGAGCCCAACUUCUACGACAGCCUGCAGAAAGUCCGGCUGAGACAACAGCUGGAGAUGUAUUCAUUGGCUCGUAAAUAUGAUCAGCAGCAGUCGGAUAGUGUGCAGCUGUCAAUGGAGUGAGCUCACCAGAGGAGGCGCUCUUCACCCACUAUUGCUGCAGAGAAGCGGGUUGCUGGAGAAUUCAUGUACUGGGGACAAAUUGCUGAAUGUUAUUUUUAUUUGAAGAGCCUUUCUUUUUAUUCUCAUCAUUCAGACCUCUCAAAUAUUCAGAAGUCGGCAUUUUUAGAACUUGUGAUAUGAUUUUCCUUGGAGGGCAUGGGUGGACUGUGAAACAGACUGCCCUCUGGUGUUGGAAGUGAAAUAUGUUGAAUAAUAUCUCUAUGUUUCAUAUGUUUGACAAACACAUUACUUGUACAGAUCAUCUGUGUAUCGUAAGGUUGAUCACUGUUUGGGAUCUGCAUUCAAACAUUUUACCUCUCCUCAAAAACGUUGUUACAAAAUGCUACUUAAGGUUUGCAAAGUAAAGAUACGUUUCAAGUAAAGAAAAUACUGUACACUGAUUAUGUUGUGCUUGCUAGGUACCUUUUCUCCAAUGUCUUAUAUUGCCGUCUAGUGCUAGAUUACAUGCAUGUCAGUUGUUUUAGGCUGACCUGCAGGCUGUAAAAUCUGAAUCUGCUUAAAAUAAAGAAUUUUAACAUUAAAACAUAU